GUUGUGCCUGAUCGUGGCACCCAUUUAUCGUUGAUGGCCAACGCCUCCAGAGUAGCGGAAAUAUUUCAGCAAGCUUCGGUGGCCUUUGGACGCUUGGCCCAACUUACUUUGAGCUUGAAGUUGGCUCAGUCGGAAAAGGCUGAAGUAGACUCAAAGCAAGCGAAUAACUGGACUGAUGACGAGGUCAAACGGUUGAAGGAUGCGAUCUCACGCUUUGGUCAUGAUCUGGAAAAGAUUGCUGAAGCUAUCGAGACCAAAACGCUUAAUCAGAUCAAACAUAAACUCAAAGCAAAGUCAUUUCAGGACGCUGGUGUGAGUUUGGCUUCUCAAAAAUUUACUGAGGACACCGAGACACCAAGCACGCCCAAGGAACCUGGAUCUUUACUACAAAAGCGCAAACAAACUGCUUCGUACGGUUCCGCAGGUGUUCAUCCGGUCAAGCUUUUUCGUCUUGGUGACACUACCGUGGAACCAGACCCCGAGCCCGUUACUGAUACGAUCGAUACUACUCAUCUCAAGCGAGAGAGUUCUGAUUUGGAAAAUCGGAGGAAGUUGUUUGAGUCAUUAGAUUCCGUCGCUGAAGGAUCCGAAGAUAGCACCGGAGACGGCGUGAAUUCCUGUGAUGACGAAGACGGGCGUGAUAGUGUAGAGGACGAGGAGGAUCCUGUACAGCUUGAUGUAAUAAACGAACGGUCGAGGUUCGCUUCGGAGAAAACAAUGAAAAGGGAAAUUCCCACGAGUUGAGAGCGUCUGACCGAUCCGACUUUAUGGGGAUGAGCGAAACGGAGUGUGGGCCAUUCCAGCGCGCUUUAUUUGUAAAUAUGUAUCACACCUUUGAUUAUAGUGCUUUUUGUACC